AUGUCUAGAGAUCCUCCAAAGAAAAAAGUGGCUAUAAUUGGCACUGGGGGUGCAGGAAUGUCAUGCGCUUCAACCCUGGCAGAUCACCCGGAUCAAUUUGAGGUGACCAUGAUCGAUGUUGAAUCUCAUACCGGUGGCCAAGCUACGUCAAUCUCCUUAGAUAAAUCCAAAUACGGCGCGAGCUGGAUGAAUGAAGGAGUGCAGGGGGAUCUCCAAUCUUCCGUCACACAUUUCACUUCUUUCAAAGAUACGGCUAUGAGCCUCAGCCAGUCAAACUCCAGGUCUCUUUUGGAAAAGGAAAUUAAAAAGCUUGGUCGGGUCUUGAAAUGUAUCAAGUACCUGAUGCCGCUUCUUGGCCUCUUGCCAGUCAAGCUUAUUCUGAGAAUUUUCUGCUUCAGUCACCAAUUCAGUAACAAAAUGGUUCUUCCGCUGCUGGCCUUGUUCCUGGGUACUGGGAAUCAGACUGUCAAUGUGCCCAGCGUACUCUUGGAGCGUCUGUUUGAUGACCCACAAAUGAAAUUGUGGGAUUAUGAUCCGGAUACUCUAUUGCCUAAUCUGCCGACCAUGUACACUUUUCCCAACCUAGGAGAUUUCUAUGAAGACUGGGCAAAGGAUUUACGCGCUAAGGGGGUCAAAAUGAGACUCAACUCAACUGUGACGAUACUCAAAAGAGACAGUAAAGAUAUUAUUCUUGACAUCCAGUCAAAAGAUAAUGAUCAUGACCAGCGUUCUUCACACCCAUCAGCCGAGAUAUUCGAUGAGCUAGUCUUCUGCUGUCCAGCAGAUCAAGCAAAACGCCUCCUUGGUCAGCAUGCUACCUGGCGUGAAAGGUAUGUUCUUGGGGGUGUGAAGUUCUUCAAUGAUAUCACCAUCACCCACUCAGACUCAAGCUACUUUCAAAGCAUUUUCCAAGCUCAAUAUGACCCCAGCCUGUGUACCAAACUAUCAUUAAAGAAAAGAAAAGACCAGAUUUCGUUUGCUGAACAGCAACCAACUUGCGAGAAGGAUGGGUGGCAAGGGUUCCAGCCAAUGUACUAUACGCACUCCCUCGCAACAGAACCGGAGAAGAUUGAGAUGGGAUUUGACUGCACAAACUACCAACAUCAGUUCCGUGACAGUCUAGGAGAAGGUCAACGCCCACUACCCCACAAUCGGCAUGUCUUUCAAACCAUCUUUUUGAAUGAUCGAGAGAAGAAUUUGUGGACAUGGGAUAAAAUCGACGAAUCAAAAAUUAUCAGCAAGAAAUGGUGGCACCAAUUUGGCCAUCGGUGGCAGCAUUACCUGCGCGUUGUGCCGGGAAUGAUGUUUAUUAAUGGUCAAAAUCGGACUCACUUUGCAGGUAGCUGGACUUUAGUAAACAUGCAUGAAAUAGCCUGUAUUUCCGGUAUCGCAGCUGCGUAUCAACUAGGUGCUACAUAUGAGCCAUUUGAUGAUCUAGCGGAAGAAUUUUUUGCCAAAUAUCUACUCGUGUGCCAUGGAACGCGAUACAAGAAAGGAAAGGCAAACACAAGAUGA